AUGUUCGGACAAGGUGAAGGUCGUCGUGAAGAGGAAAGAAGAGAAGAGAUGAUGGGUGGUGGUGGAGGAUAUCCAGGCAGUAUGAUGGGUGGCGGAGGAUAUCCAGCUGAGCGUAUGCUAAUGGGCGGAGGAAUGGAAAAUCAGCAAGGUGGUAUAAUUGGAGAUGCUGAACGUAUGUUAAUGGGCGGAGGAAUGGGAAAUCAACAGGGUGGAUUUCCUGGCGGUGGAAUGGGGGGUAUCUUCUAA